UCCAGUUGAAAUCAGACGCAAGAGUCACGGGAUCCCCGCGCAGCCGGCGAUGCAGAGCGCCCAGUGCAAGCGCACUGACAGCUCAGUGUUGCGUGGGAUUGGGCGGAGUGGAGGCUGCGGACGGACGGGAUUGGUAGAGUUCAGCGCCAAACUUGUUGGCUCGUCACUGAGCCGCUCCUUUUCAUCCUUGUGCGCGAAGCUGACCAGGGCCGUCGGUGCUGAAACUGAGCCCAGCAAAAGCUUUUAACGUCUUCAGCCGAUCCAAGCGGGGACUCUUCAGAUCUCAGCCAUGGCUUUCAUGAUCAAACAUGUGGUAGGAGGACAGCUGAAGAACCUGACAGGCGGACUGACGGAGGAAAAAGCUGAAGGGGAGAAAAAAUCCGAAGGUGGCGCUCCGGGGAUGACCCAAGAGGAAUUUGAGCAAUAUCAGCAACAGUUAGAGGAAGAAAAACAGGAACGAGAAGCUUGUUUUGCACAAAAGAAAGCUGAAAGAGCCACCGUUAGAACCCAUUUUCGAGAAAAGUACAAACUACCAAAGAAUGAGUUGGAUGAGACCCAGAUCCAGCAGGCCGGAGACGACGUGAAUCUGCCCACAGAGCUGGCCAAGAUGAUCGCCGAGGACAACCAGGAGGAGACGCACAAGCAGUCGGUGCUGGGCCAGCUGUCCAACAUCCAGAAUGUGGACAUCGACCAGCUGAAGGACAAAGCCCAGGCCACGCUAGAAGACCUCAAAAAGCAGACAGAAAACUGCAGCCUCAUGUGAUGCGGCCAGCUUGCCGCCUCAGGAGAACAGAUUUGCAGGCCUUCAUUAGAGGCAGAGCUGCUCUCAUUGCUUUAGCAGAAUGUCAGCUGGCAGAAACACAAAAUUUCAUUACUGGUAUUAAAAAUGAAAUCUUUGGAAAUCUUGGGCUUAACCAGACAAAAUUCAGUCUAAAUUCUGGAAAUCCUGAAUGUCAUUUUUCACAUUUUGGGAUCAUUUCUGCCGUUUGAGCAACUCCUCCUCUGAUAGAAGUUUGUCUGGUGAGUCCAGUCCUUUGUUCCCUCUGUUGGCCAGUGUCCUCCGCUCCCUGUACCUCAUGUGACCAGUAAUAACACAAGAUGAUCAGUGCGAUCCUGCAGCAGAGGUGCCGGGAAUGUGUGCCGCCUAGUGUUGUCUUUUCUUUGACACACAGCUACUGGUUUCACUGAUGAACACAUGCACUUUCAAUGAGAGCGGGAUCAUUGAGAUCAGCUGCUCUAGAAAAAAAAAUAGAAGAAGCUUAUCUGGGAUUGUGUGUUAUGUUAAAUUUGGGAAACCCUUUAUUUAUUCCCAGCAAAACUUUAAAACAUUUUUUUGUCUGGUUUUGUUUGAACCUACCCGAACAAAAGCACACAAUUGCACAAAGAGGCAAUUUAAGACAAAUUAAGAACUAAAAGUGGUUAAAAGUAACUCCCAUAUGCUGCAGUAAUAUUUUCUUAGACAUAUCAUUUGUAUCUGUUAACUUUUUCUGAACUUUGGUGUGCCUUGGAUGUCAAGGUUGUCUUAUUUUAGGCUAAAAAAGACCUACAUUCCUAUAGAAAGGCUUUCUGAAUUGAUAAAUUCUGCAGGAAAUUUCUUCUAAAAGCCACAAAAGAUGAUUUACUUGAUGAAAUGUAACAAUAUUUGCAAAGUAGAGGCUAAUUUAUGAGAAGACGCAUGUACUCCCAAAUUUAACGUAGCAUUCUCAUAAAGCAAGUAGAUCUGUGAAUAUGCUGCAUCCAGAUUAGAGAGAAAGCAAACACUGUAGGAAAGUUGUGUGACGCCAAAGCCUGUGCUGACAACAAACUUAGAAGAAACGGCACUUAUAUUCCUUGUGUAACUGCGGUAUGAGUAUAAAUCCAACACAUUCGAGUAUUAAUGUCCUUGUAGAUGUGAAGGUAUCUAAUGUUCGCCCGUGCUGUCCACAGCAGGCUUCGUCGAUUUCCAUGAGCUCGCUGGGUCUUGUGGUGUCCUCAUCUUCACUUCCUCCAUCCCCUGUCCCAUCUGCCCCGGCGUCUCAGUGGUGCUGUUCGUGCUGGUGGGUUUUUGUGUCGUUUAGCUGGUGUGAUACGUCAAGUGGUGUCUGUGUAGAAAACAAAUAUAACAAAAAAGUCAUCCCGCAGCAGAAGCUUGCAGUCACUCACAGUCGGUUGCAGCAGUGUUACAUAUCCUCUCUGACCACAAAAGGAAGGAACUUGAGGGGGAUUUUGCUUCGGCUGUUUUCUAUCAUUAUAUCCGUUGUUGUGUUUGUUUUUGUUGUCGUCAGAUUUUUUUUUUUUAACUUUGUUGGAAGUUGAUUCAAUUUUCUCAAUUUUUUGUGCCACUCUGCUGCUCCACUAAAUCUGCGACAACACAGUUGUUACGCCGAAGAAAUCGAUCCUCAGUGACGGGACGAGCUGCAAAAAGUCCUUUUCUAUCAAAGCCACGCCAGAAUAUGUCAUUUAUGAUCAUGAGGUGAUACUCACAGGUGGAAAACAAGCCAUAAACUAAAACUUUAUUGCUUUGUGAGAAAGUGUGACUUAAAAUACUUCUACAUAGAACUAAUAAUCAAGUGUAACCUUUGUGCUGUUUUUCUGUGGAGGAGACUCCUGAGGAAAUGGCUGCUCUAACAUGCAGUUUCCUGUGAUUUUUUUUCUUUUCUUUCUCUGUCUUUCUGUCAGAGCAUUACACUGCGUUUCAACUGCAAUAAACAAAUUUUUAUGAAAAUAU